CGUGUCUUAGCGUAGUUACCUCGAGCGUAGAUUGUUUUUGUUUUUAAAAGUGAUAUAAUAAGUGAUAAGCCGACAAUCAAUAUGGGAAACUCCGCAUCUAUAAAGAUGAACGACAAAAGAAAAUGGAAGAGCGAUACCAUUAUGAGUUCGGCGCCCCCCGCGCUGCGCGACAAAAACAACGCCGCGGUGGCUUCUGACAAGCAGUCGCACUGCAACGCCGCGCAGAGGUGUACGUACGAUACAAUGGAGCGCGAUCGCAUCGGAUUCUGGGGCUCCGGCGACGGGGAGGCCUCUUCUCGUCUCUCCGGCCUCGACCACCUCAAGCACCCUGGCCUCAACAAGGGCAUGGCAUUCUCGAUCGAAGAGCGGCAAACGCUGGGAAUUCAUGGUCUGCUGCCGGCCAGGGUCAAGACUCAGGAAGAGCAGGUCUACAUGUGUCAGCUCUCUAUCGACAGAUACGAAAAUCCCCUCAACAAGUACAUAUAUCUUAUGGGACUGCUUGAUCGCAAUGAACAUCUUUUCUACCGUUUCGUUGCCGAGAACGUUGAAGAGAUGAUGCCAAUUGUUUAUACGCCAACCGUUGGACUGGCGUGUCAAAAAUACGGUCUGGUGUACCGCCGACCACGCGGGCUUUUUAUCACCAUCAAUGACAAAGGACAUGUUUAUGAUACGCUUAAAAACUGGCCGGAAACUGAUGUGCGAGCGAUCGUGGUCACGGAUGGCGAGCGCAUCUUGGGACUUGGUGACUUGGGUGCGUGCGGUAUGGGUAUCCCCGUCGGCAAGCUAGCGCUCUACACUGCGCUCGCCGGCAUCAAGCCGCAUCAGUGUCUACCAAUCACACUGGAUGUGGGCACUAAUACCCAAGCCAUGUUGGACGAUCCACUGUACAUUGGUCUUCGCCAGAAUCGUGUUCGUGGCGCAGCCUACGACGAAUUUAUCGACGAGUUCAUGCAAGCAGUCGUACGUCGCUAUGGGCAGAACUGCCUUAUUCAAUUCGAGGACUUCGGCAAUGCCAAUGCCUUUCGGUUGCUCGAGAAGUACAGGGGCAAAUACUGCACAUUCAACGACGACAUUCAGGGCACCGCAGCCGUGGCCGUGGCGGGCCUGCUCGCCAGUCUGCGCAUCACAAAAAAGAAACUUUCCGAAAACGUCAUUGUCUUCCAGGGCGCUGGAGAGGCUGCAUUGGGCAUCGCGGGUCUAUGCGUGAUGGCGAUGAAGCAAGAGGGCGUCAGCGACGCCGACGCGCGCAGUCGCAUCUGGAUGGUGGACUCGAAAGGGCUUAUUGUGAAGGACCGGCCCGAGGGUGGGCUCACCGAGCACAAGGAGAAGUUCGCAAGGACGCAUCCACCCGUUCGCAGCCUCGAGGAAGUUGUCAACAUCGCCAAGCCGUCUGUCCUCAUUGGCGCGGCGGCAAUCGGCGGCGCGUUCACAUCGGCGAUCCUGCGAAAAAUGGGCGAGCUGAACGAUCGUCCCAUCAUCUUCGCACUGUCCAACCCCACCAGCAAGGCCGAGUGCACCGCAGAGGAUGCUUACUCGAACACCGAUGACCGCGCGAUCUUUGCGUCCGGCUCUCCGUUCCCGACGUACCGCACGAAGGACGGACGCAUACUAACGCCAGGGCAAGGCAACAACUCUUACAUCUUUCCCGGGCUAGCGCUUGGAAUCAUCUGCGCUGGCAUUAUUGACAUCAGCGAGGAUUUCAUGCUGCUGGCUGCAGAGGCAUUAGCAGAGAUCGUGAGCCAGGAGGAUUUGGACAGCGGCAGCCUGUAUCCCCCUCUCAAGGACAUCAAGAAUUGCUCAGUCAAGAUCGCGAAGAAAGUCAUCGAGUACGCUUACAAGACGAACAAGGCAUCAGUCUACCCGCAGCCACAAGACACGGAGGCGUUCAUCCGCGCGCAGAUGUACGACGUGCGGUACGGCGCGGCCGUGCCCCCCGUCUAUUCGUGGCCCACUAACGGCCCACGCGCAGACCUCAUCUAGCCUCGACGCCUCUCCACGCCCGUUCUGUGAUACGCUAGACCCUGUUAACGCUUGAUUCGUAACUAAAUUAUUCGUCUUCAUAUAGCUGAUGGUAGAGAGCCGCGCCUAGGUCCGUUGCUGUGGGUGGUUAAAGCUCCUACCAUGAGCGAAUCUGAAAGCGAGUUUGUAAUCAGCAGAAACCC